AUGGGAGGUGGGUCAAUGAAAUCGAACCCAACCAAGGCGAGGAAGAGGGUGGAGGCCACGGAGGAGUCAAGUGUACCUUCUCUUGUUCGUGGCAAGGAUGGCAGCGCCUUUGCCCGAUGCGAGGAGUGCAACAGGAAUGUCCCAGUGGCACUCAUCAGCAUGCACAGCUGUAGCCUUGAUGCCAAAAUCAAGUUACAUCUGAGCUCUCAAGUUGUGGAAAGGCCGCCUGAAGCGAAUAAGAAGUCUCCCACAGAGAGGAAGAGGUCCACUACAUCAGAGCCCAAGUCAAAGAAAGCCAAGAAGGACAAAGAUCCAAAUGCACCCAAGCGCCCUCUCACUGCCUUCUUCCUCUUCAUGGACGAUUUCAGGAAAUCUUUCAAGGAAGCCAAUCCUGAUUCGAAGCUUGUUAAGACGGUUGCAAAGGAGGGUGGCGAGAAGUGGAAGUCUAUGACUGACGAGGAGAAGAAGCCUUAUGUGGAUAAGGCAGCUGAGCUUAAAGCAGAGUAUAAAAAAGCAUUGGAGAUGGAGACUGAUGAUGCCGAUGCCGAUGCUGAUGCAGAUGCAGAAGUUGGGGAUGAUGAAAUUGAAGGAGGUUCAGAGAAAGAAGCUUCAGAGAAGGAAGUUUAA